CGCUUCGCAAUGACGUCAACAGGAAGGUGCUCUAGAUUGAUAGCACAGUUUUGUUAGCUAGCUGGCUAACCGAAGAAGGACUGAAGCAAUAAAUAAAUAAGCGAAUCAUGUCUAUGUCCCAUCUUUAUGGGCGUAGAGGAGAUGAGGAGAAUGAUGGAGUGGAAAUUGAGAAUUUCGAGAUCUCUGAAUGGGACUUGGCCAACGAGUUCAAUCCAGACAGACGUCGUCACAGACAGACCAAAGAAGAGGCAACAUAUGGCAUAUGGGCUGAACACGAUUCUGAUGACGAGAGACCAAGCUUUGGAGGCAAGAGAUCUAAAGACUACACAGCUCCAGUGAACUUUAUCAGUGGUGGUCUGAAGAAGACUGCAGCUGAAGAGAAGCAAAAAGGCUCAGAUGAUUCCGACGAUGAGAAUGAAGAAGUGCCUCCACCACCCCGUGCUACUGCACCCAAAAAUCUUCAGACGGGUGGGAACUUCAAGACAUCCCAGAGAACAUUUGCAGGCAACAUAAGGCCAGGUCAGGACCUUGGUGGCUGGGAGAAACACACAAAAGGCAUUGGCCAAAAGCUCUUACAGAAGAUGGGCUACGUCCCAGGCAAAGGCCUGGGCAAAAAUGCACAGGGUAUUUUAAACCCAAUUGAGGCCAAGGUGCGGAAGGGCAAAGGAGCAGUGGGUGCUUAUGGAAAUGAAAGAACUCAGCAGUCAGUGCAAGAUUUCCCAGUGGUGGACUCUGAGGAGGACGAGGAGAAGGAGUUUCAAAGGGAGUUGGGGCAGUGGCGCAAAGAACCAGGAGCAGGAAAGAAAAAGCCCAAAUAUUCAUUCAAAACUGUGGAGGAUCUUAAAGUUCAUGGAAAAAUCACCAGCACAAGCAUGACCAAACCAGCUGGAGAACUCGCCCAGGUCAAGGUUAUAGAUAUGACAGGUCGGGAGCAGAAGGUUUACUACAGCUACAGCCAGAUGAGUAAGAAGCACAAUAUUCCUGAGGAGGCUCCUAUGAGUGCGAGUGCGCAGGAACAGAAAAGCUCCAGAUUUGUCCUGCCUGAAUUAGAACACAACCUCAAGCUUCUCAUCGAGCUCACCGAGCAGGAUAUUUUACAGAGUGCUCGGCGUUUGCAGCACGAGAAGGAUACAGUAGUGACUCUGAAGCACGAGAGCACAGCCCUGCAGUCGAGGCUAAGCGAAGAGACCGAGGCUCUGGAGCGACUAGAGGGCAUGCUAGAGUUGGUGGACCGUCUGGAGUCAGCUAGAGAAGGGGGCGACCCACCACUCAGCCUUGACGAAUGUGCCCAGGCCUUCCAGGAGUUGCAGACGAACUUCUACAACGAGUACAAGGCAAUGGGUGUGUCUGACCUCGCAGUGUCCGUGGUACACCCACUUCUGAAUGAAAAACUUAAAAUCUGGGAACCUUUGAAGGACUGUUCAUAUGGUUUAGAAGAGGUGGGUCAGUGGAGGGCCAUUCUAGAGAAUACGCAGCUUUUUCAUAGCGCCCCUGAUGCCACCCAAAUGGACCCCUAUCACAGGUUGGUAUGGGAGGUCUGGGUUCCAGUGAUGAGAAACUGUGUGCCUCAGUGGCAACCAAGGAUCGUAGGACCUAUGGUGGACCUGGUAGACUGUUGGGCCCCUGUGCUGCCUCACUGGAUUUUAGAUUACAUGCUGGAUCAGCUCAUUUUUCCACGGCUACAGAAAGAGGUGGAUAACUGGAACCCGCUGACAGACACGGUGCCCAUCCACUCCUGGAUUCACCCAUGGCUGCCUCUGAUGCAGGUGCGCCUGGAGCCCCUGUACCCGCCAAUACGCAGCAAACUAGCAAACGCUCUGCAGCGCUGGCACCCCAGCGACCCCUCAGCCCGCCUUAUCCUCCAGCCUUGGAAAGAUGUCUUUACUCCCGGAGCCUGGGAGGCCUUCAUGGUCAAGAACAUUGUCCCCAAGUUAGCUUUAAGUCUUGGAGAGCUGGUGGUGAAUCCCCAUCAGCAAGUGAUCGAACCAUUUAACUGGGUAAUGGACUGGGAGGGGAUGCUUUCUCUCUCAACUAUGGUGGGAUUACUAGACAAGCACUUCUUCAACAAAUGGUUACAGGUGUUGUGCUCAUGGCUGAGUAACAAUCCGAACUACGAAGAGAUCACCAAGUGGUAUCUGGGCUGGAAGAGCAUGUUCUCAGAGCAACUGCUUAGCCAGCUGGUCGUUAAAGAAAAGCUCAAUGAGGCCCUGGACAUCAUGAAUAGAGCUGUAGCCUCCGGAAUAGGUGGCUACAUGCAGCCUGGAGCCAAGGAAAACAUCGCCUAUCUGACUCAGACAGAGAGAAGAAAGGACUUCCAGUAUAAGCCACCAGCUCCAGCAGCAGCACCGCCACAGCACGAAGUCGAGGCCAGCAUCCCACGCAUGCCGGGCAGCAGCCUUCUAACCUCAGUGCCAACCAACUUCAAAGAUUUGAUCCAGGCGAAAGCAGAAGAGAACGGCAUUGUCUUCAUUCCUCUGGUGGGCAAGAGGCACAUGGGAAAGCAGCUAUACACGUUUGGCAGGAUCGUUAUCUAUGUGGAGAGAGGAGUGGUGUUUGUCCAGGGUAAAAAGACAUGGGUACCCACAUCAUUACAGAGUCUCAUCGAUAUGGCCAAGUGAGUGAACAAGAGAGUGAGAGAGACUGCACCCUGCCAGUGGAUGCACUGCGGUUUGGAGCACUGCUUUAGUGACAUGGGGAACCAUCUGUCUUUUGUUUCAACUGGUGGGGUAGUGUUUGUGUACUUUAUGUUAAUGUUUUAUACAUUUGUAAAAUGUUUAGUGCUUUAAUAAGUUGAAAAUAAAUUGUUCAUUGUGAAAA